AACAGCAGCAACAACAGCAGCAGCAACAGCAGCAGCAGGAGCAGCAGCGAGAACUUGCCGACCACAUGUCGCUGCGAUGUGUCGCGUUGCUGUUGCUCGUCUCCGUCUCCUUCCAAGGCGUCGAAGCGGCGAUCUCCGUGGCGGUGACCCCGCUGGUGGAGGUGGAGCUGGGAGGUCCGCUAGUGAUCCCCUGCACGGUCACCAGCUCCGUGGGCGAGGAGGUGGUCACCCAGUGGUUCAUUAUUUCACAAUCUUCUCGAACGAGGAUCUCGUACCGCGACGCGCGACUCUUCGUGGCGGACGUGGGCACCGGCUACGAGAGCCGCAUCGACGCUCGGCGCAGCGACUCCGCGCUGGCGCUGAGCGCGACGGAGACCGCUGACGAGCGCCACUUCGUCUGCCAGGCGCUGGCGGGGCGCGCCGGCGUGGCCGAAGCCACCGCAAGCGUGCGGGUGUUUUCGGCCCCCAUGGUGGCCGUGGCGGCGACCCAGAGGCCCGUGCUGCUCACCCAGCAGCAGCAGCAGCAGCGCCACCACAAGAUCGGUGAAUGUUACGUGCGCAACGCUUACCCAGAGCCCCUCGUCACGUGGUACAAGGCGUCCGUGCCCCUGUGGCCAUCACCUGAUGUGAAAGUGACGAGGAAGGUAGUGACGGAGGCCGACGGCACCUUCGCCGUGACGUCCGUCCUGCGCUACAAACUGCGGUGGUGGGAUGCGAGAGCCGGCUACCGCUGCGUGGUGAACUACGCCAUGCCAGGCGGCAGGAGCGAGGCCGUUGCCUCGGAGACGAUCCACGUGAAGGUGCAUUGUGAGUACGGGGGGGGGGGGCACCAGACGGAGCGAAGUACAACAGACGGAUGUGUAUGA